AUGGAGAGCCAGCGCCCGUCCUCCUACGGCCGCCGCUUCGGCCCGUCCAUCCCCGUGUACCGGGUGCUCCCCGCCGGUGCCCCGGGCCAGCUCCGUGCUCCCCGCAGCGCCCAGCUGAGUCCCCGCACRGCUCCCCGCCUGGGCUCGGCCAAGAUGGACUUCUCGCUGGUCACCGCGCUCAACUUGCAGUUCAGGGAGACRCGCACCAGCGAGAAGGUGGAGAUGAUGGAGCUCAACGACCGCUUCGCCAGCUACAUCGAGAAGGUGCGGCUGCUGGAGCAGCGGAACAAGGCGCUGGUGCUGGAGCUGAGCCAGGCGCGGGAGCCCUCGCGUUCGGCCGAUGUGUGCCAGGAGGAGCUGCGGGAGCUGCGGCGCCGUCUGGAGCAGCUGGCCACCGCCAAGGAUCGGCUGGAGGUGGACAGGGACAACCUGGCCGAGGAGCUCGGCAGCCUGCAGCAGAAGCUGCAGGACGAGGUGACCCUGAGGAUGGAGGCCGAGAGCAACCUGGCUGCCUACAGGCAGGACGUGGACAAUGCUGCCCUGGCUCGCCUGGACCUGGAGCGGCGCGUGGGGACCCUGCAGGACGAGAUCGCCUUCCUGCGCAAGGUCCACGAGGAGGAGCUGCGGGAGCUGCAGGAGCAGCUGGCCCAGCAGCGGGUGCACAUCGAGGAUCUGACGGACGCAGCCGCCCGGCACGCCGAGGCCCUGAGGGUGGCCAGGCAGGAGGCCAACGAGUACCGGCGCCAGCUGCAGGCCCUCACCUGCGACCUGGAGGCUCUGCGGGGCUCGAACGAGUCCCUGGAGAGGCAGCUGCGGGAGCUGGAGGAGCGCUAUGCCCUGGACGUGGCCGGCUACCAGGACACGGUGGCGCGGCUGGAGGAGGACACACACAGCCUCAAGGAGGAGAUGGCCCGGCACCUGCAGGACUACCAGGACCUGCUCAAGGUCAAGCUGGCCCUCGACACCGAGAUCGCCACGUACCGCAAGCUGCUGGAGGGCGAGGAGAGCAGGAUCACCAUCCCUGUGCAGAGCUUCUCCAACCUGCAGAUCCGAGAGACCAGCCUGGCCACCAAAUCCGUGUCAGAAGCCCACGUGAAGAGGAGCAUCGUGGUCAAAACUGUGGAGACCCGAGAUGGAGAGGUGCUGAAGGAGUCCAAGCAGGAGCACAAGGAGGUGCCGUAGGGCGGGGGAGCCGCAGGAGC